GUGGCGACCGAUCAAAGCGUUACAAAACCAUGUAAAGAUAUUGCACGGAAAGCUGGUUGGAAACGCAUAUGCCGAGCAUCAUGCAGUAAUUAAAGAAAUCCAAGUCCUGCAAGAAAUGGAUCGUGCUUGCCGAGCUAAGAUUAGGACCAGUUAUCAGCCACUCAGUGUAGGAAAAAUUGAAAGUAAAG